GCAACGGGCGGGGCGGGGUCGGGCAAGUUUGUUUCCCGAGUUCCGCGCCCAGGAGGCCCCGCGGCGGCCGCGCAGGUGCCCUCGGCGGCGGCCAGGAUGAUGAUGCCGGUGGUGAACCUCAAGGUGAUCCUCCUGGUCCACUGGCUGCUGACGACCUGGGGCUGCAUCGCGUUCUCGGGGCCCUAUGCCUGGGCCAACUUCAGCGUCCUGGCCUUGGGCGUGUGGGCCGUGGCCCAGCGGGACUCCGUCGACGCCAUCAGCAUGUUUCUCGGGGGCCUGAUGGCCACCAUCGUCCUGGACAUCAUCCACAUUAGUAUCUUCUACCCACGGUUGACCGUCUCGGACCCAGGGCGUUUCGGCAGCAACAUGGCCAUCCUCAGUCUGCUCCUCAAGCCCUUCUCCUGCUGCCUCGUCUACCACAUGUACCGGGCACGUGGGGGCGAGCUGCCCCGCGCUGGUGUCUUUGGAACGUCACAGGAGCGCGGUGGGUACCAGACAAUUGACUCCCCGGAGGCGCCCACCGACUCCUUUGCAGGCCCGGAGGGCGGGGGCCCAGCGGCCUUCGGGUGCUGAGCCAGCCCCUGCCCCCUGCGGCCCCAGCCUGGGCUGCCUCGCCUUCCUCGUGCCUGGGAGGCCGUGCCUGGGAGGCUCCCGCCCUCCCUCUCACAGACCUAAGAUGGAGCACAUCCUCACAUUCUCCAUUUCAGCAGUUGCCUGAAUCAAGUGCCCUGAGAGGCCAGGAGCCCCCACGGCCCCCCACCCCCUGCACACCCCUGUCCCAAACUCCCCAGGCCUCCCGCCCCUUGGCGGCUCUGCAGACCCCGGGCUGAGGCAGCCAGCCUGGCAGAGUCAGUGCCUGAGGGCAGUGAGCCCCCCCAUCCCCCUCCUGCACCCCCGAUUGUGGAGCUGAGAGCUGAGAGCUUCAGGUGGCACUCGGCCCUGGGAGCAGCCCCUCCUGGGAGUGAGGCCCCCCCAGGCUCCUCACUGCCUGGUACAUGGUGCCCAGGGACCCCCGGCCUCCAGCUGCUCUUCUCGGAGCCGUGACAUUAAAGUUUGGGGAUCCUGUA